AAUAAAAAAAAAAAAAAAAAGAAAUAAGAAAAAAGAAAAAGAAAAAGAAAAAAAAAGUAAAUAAAACAAUGAAACGAAAUUUUACAAUAAAAAUAAAAAGAAAUUUAGCUUCAAGAAAAUCGCAUGACAGACGAUCCGAUACAAAUUUUUUUCAUCACAGAACUGAAUCGAACGAACUCGUUUCUUUACGUGAUAAAAACAGAAAAUGAAACAACAAAGAAAAUGAAAAACGAAUAUAACAAUGUGUAUCUUGUGAAAAUUAGAGAUAUGAAACAACACCCAUCUUUGCCAAUACUAGAAGACACUUUUGGGUCGAUUGCUUUUUCAACCCACAAUAGGGAUGGAUUGUUCGUAGUGUGUCCAACAUGCAUUCGUUUAAAUUGUUUCUUUCGGUCGUGGAUUCUUGUUUCCAUUUCGACUGACAUGAUUCAUCCAACACAUGAUUUCCUAAAAUAGAAACAACAGUAUUUAUCAAGUAAUAUAGAAAUAGAAGUGUUAUUAAUAAUAAUAAUCAUAUAUUAAAUCUCAAUGUAUGGAAAGGAAAUGGCUGCUACAACAGUUGUCUUACCUUCGCUGUUGAUUCAUUCGUCGAUUGAUAUGAUUACUUUUUUCUCUCUUUUCUAGGAAUGGAUUUCUCGAGUGAGGAUUGUCUCUGCCAAGAAAAAGAAUAGUGUUCCUCUCAACCAUAGGAUGAUUUCACCCAUGGGUCUUGGAUGACCUAUUCAUGAUACGAGCUUUUGUUUUUUAUUAUUACAAUUAUUUUCUGUUUCUGUUGAUACCUAGUGUUUGUUCUUUUCCCCAUAUAUACCUUUUCUCAUAGUAAUUGUACGGACAUCGCCGCCCUCUCACUUCUUACCCAUAUUUCUUUUCAUCCUAUUUUUCCCAUUCAUUGAAUAAAAU